GUGUCGGCCCAGUGCGCAGGCGCGGGAAAGUUGAACUUCCGAAGUAAAGUUUGUAGAAAUUGAGCGAAAGCGUGUACGCCAGUGCGACGGGGACACAACCCCGAGCCAGCAGAAUGCUCGGUGAAAAGUGGGGAAACCGGACCAGCAUUUGCCGCAAAGCAUACUAGGAUUAGUAGUUCCCUAUUCUCUAUGGUCUUCGAGGCUUCUUCAGCACUGAUGGCUGAGAGAGAACUCCAAACCCCCUUCCAGCUCCUUCCUGUACCCCCAUGGCCGGCUCUGAAGAGUUGGGUCUCCGAGAGGACACACUGAAGGUUCUGACGGCCUUCCUUAAGCGCGGUGAAGUCGCUGGGUCCCCUGUCCCAACUCCACCCAGGAGUCCUGCCCAAGAGGAGACAACAGAUUUCCUGAGCCGCCUCCGAAGAUGCCUCCCUUGUCCCCUGGGGAGAGGAGCUCCUCCCACGGAGUCCUCUAGGCCCCACUUCCUUCCCCUCCGCCCCUGCUAUGGUUCCGAGCCUGGCCCAGCCUCUUCAGAUUUCUAUGCCCUGGUUGCCCAGCGGCUGGAACAGUUGGUGCAGGAGCAACUGAAGUCCCCGCCCAGCUCAGAGUUCCAGGGACCCCCACCCACGGAGAAGGAAGCCCUGCUAAGGCGGCUGGUAGCCUUGCUGGAGGAGGAGGCGGAAGUCAUCAACCAAAAGCUGGCAUCUGACCCGGCUCUGCAUCGUAAACUGGCCCGCCUGUCAGCAGGCUCUUUCGCACGCCUUGUGGAACUUUUCUCUAGCCGGGAAAGCAGCUCUUCCCCAAAUUGCUCCAGCCCGUCUCUGCCGUGCCCGGGGCCCCCACCGCCAUCCCCAGAUCCUCUGGCACGCCUGGCACUAGCCAUGGAAUUGAGCCGGCGUGUGGCUGGGCUUGGGGGUACCCUGGCCAACCUCAGUGUCGAGCAUGUACACAGCUUCAUGCCUUGGAUCCAGGCCCAUGGGGGCUGGGCAGGCAUCCUGGCCUCCUCACCUGUGGACCUGAACCUGCCCUUGGACUGAACGUUUCCUCUGACCCAGCAUAGGUGACUGAAAUAUGGCGACACACACAUCAGGGCUGUAGGGUGGUGGUUGCCCUACCUUGUUGGUUUUUUUGUAUUUUUGUUUGUUUGUUUGUUGUUGUUGUUUUUUUGCCAAAAAGACUGUUUAGAAAUGUGUCUGUAUUAAAAACUUUGUUCUUUAA